CUGUCAGUUUCUCAGUUUGUUUAGUGUAGUUUACGAAAUUGUGAAAAUGAUGUUGUUUUGAGUCGACGUCAAACCAAGUCCAGGAUAAAAUUAAAAUACCGAGAUUCGAUUCUAUCAAUUUACCAUCUUUAUCCUUCGAGUUUGAUUAAUAAACAAUACUAUUUUUAAGAGCCCAGGUUUGCCGAUGGUUUUUUGAACGCUUAGUUGGCCUGAGCGUUGGGAGCUGUGGAAGAAAAACAACUUACAUUAUGAGGAAUUUGGGAUUGUCAAUGUUGAGUUUGGUGCUCACUGCAUCUGUAAUUGGAAAUGCAUACUAUCAAAAGAAACAGUUUUACCCUUCUGUUGUUUACAUUACAAAAUCAAAUCCCAGUAUGGCGGUAAUAUAUGUUCAGUCUUUUGUUCUGGUGAUUCUUACUGGAAAAAUAAUGAAAAAGGUAUUCUUUGGAGAGCUUAGAGCCGCUGAGUUUGAGCAUCUGAUGGAAAAAUCAUGGUAUGCAAUGACAGAGACUUGCCUAGCUUUCACAGUGUUUCGAGAUGAUUUCAGCCCUAAAUUUGUCGCCUUAUUCACAGUUCUACUGUUUCUGAAGUCUUUUCAUUGGUUAGCUGAAGACAGAGUCGAUUUUAUGGAGCGGAGCCCUGUGAUAUCUUGGCUGUUCCAUCUACGGGUUCUAUCUCUGCUUACUCUGCUGGGGUCUCUAGAUCUCCAUCUGCUAGAACAUGCGUACCAGUCCACUGUGACCAAGGGUGCUUCUGUCCAGUUGGUGUUCGGUUUUGAGUAUGCAAUACUGCUUACCAUCAUAGCCAACAUUGCCAUCAAGUAUGUACUCCACACGAUUGCUCUUAACAGCGAAAAUCCAUGGGAAAACAAGGCAGUCUUCCUGCUCUAUACAGAACUUAUUAUGGGUUUUGUCAAGGUUGUGCUCUAUAUCUUGUUUAUGGCAAUUAUGAUUCGUAUAUCUAUGUUGCCUCUAUUUGCCUUCCGACCAAUGUACUACACAAUGAGGGCCUUUAAAAAGGCAUUCAAUGAUGUGAUACUAUCACGAAGAGCUAUCCGAAACAUGAACACAUUGUAUCCCGAUGCUACACCUGAGGAGUUAGCCGCAGCCGAUAACGUCUGUAUCAUAUGUCGUGAGGAAAUGGUCACAGCAUCAAAGAAGCUUCCAUGCAACCACAUAUUCCACACAGCUUGUCUCCGUUCAUGGUUCCAACGACAGCAGACUUGUCCCACUUGCAGACUCAACAUCCUCCGUACACCAGGCCCUGCUCAGCCUCCGCGAGGGGCCCCCGCCCGACCCCAGGACCCUGCUGCCAGGGCUCCACCAUUCCAGCCACCCUUCCCCUUCCCUUGGCCCAACCCUCAGGCUGCUCAUCAACCUCAAGCAGCAGGACCAGAUGCCCAAGCACCUAGCAGCAGCACCACUGAUCCCUCAGCAGCUGCUUCCCCCCCUCCUCCUCACACCAACAUACCCUUCUUCUGCCCUCCAUUCCCCUUCAUGCCGUUUGCAGUCCCUCCUCCUGUACCCCCUGCGGAUCUCUCUCAGCUCAGUCCUGAACAAUUACGUCAGAUGGAGGAGUCAGGUCGUGCUGGUGUGGAAGCUAGACUCAAGUGUCUCCGCAACAUACAGUUGUUGUUGGAUGCCUCUGUUGUGCUGAUGCAGCAAUACACUGCUGCUGCUGCCACUGCUGCUGCUGUCGCUCCCCCUCCCUCCACCACCACCACCAACACCAACACCACCAGUCAACCUCGGGAAGACAGUUCGAGCAGUACUACUGCCUCAUCCUCAUCCUCAGCUACAGAAACAAGUGCCUCUACCAAUAUGGAUGGUGCUAGUGGAGCAAGUGCUGAUGUAGCGUCACCUCCCUCUACCUCAACCUCCGCCACAGCACCUGACGGUCCCUUAGCCCCUGAGCUGGAAGAAGCACGCAGAAGAAGACUUGCCAAAUUUACUCAGCAAGAAGCUGAUUAAUUUCCAAAAUGACUGAUUAUUAUGUUUGCUGUGAAUAAUUGUCGAUUUAGUUUUUAUUUAUGAUGAAUUUUGUACACAAAGUGAAUAUGUUCAUCAGCACCGACAUAGGUAUUGUAAAUAAAUUGGUUAUUUAUUUACUUAUUAUCA